AUGGGACUCGGCGUCCAACUGAGACUUGGAAAAUGUUUGUAUUUCCUGGUCUGCCUUUGUGGUUGUCUUCAUACUUCGCAAGGUCUCAAUCGAGAUUCCUCAGAAGACGUGUUGUUGAUGAUGAUGGUAGAAGAAACAUUUUCUUACUUGAAUAUCAAGAAGAUCAUUUCAGCUCAAGUUGAAGACGGUGACGAAUGUGGAUUUGCCUGUGCAGCCAACCCAAAGUGUUUUUCGUGCAACUUGGAGGCUAGUAUUUCCGUGACCGGAACACGCCGAUGUGAGCUGCUUCCAUCAGACAAGUACAACAAUUCGGACAAAUUCUCCAAAAACGAUAAUAAAUUUCAUCAUUACAGUAUUUGUUCUCCAUGCGCCAAGGGACCUUGCCAAAAUGGUGGGACAUGUGUGGCACAGUACUAUACCAAAAGUUAUAUAUGUGUUUGCGCCAUCGGAUUUACGGGAAAAGAGUGCAAAACAAACAUCAACGACUGCAAGGAUGAUCCAUGUCUGCGUAAUGGAACCUGCAUUGAUCGACUCAAUAGUUUCGACUGCGGUUGUCCGUCUGGAUUCGAUGGUCCUCGAUGUGAAAAUGUAUCAGGUAUUUCUAUCAAUUCUACAAUUUUGUCAAAUAUCGGGGGCUUUCUCGGCAAGCUUUCACAUUUCCUAGCACCUGCUGUGGGAAAGUCUUCACGGUGGCUGCUGUGCCACCGCGCCUCCAAGCACGGCUGGGCUGUAAGCACCUUCCACAUCAAUUGCGACCAUAGACCAAACACUGUGACCAUCAUCAAAAAUGGCCAGUACGUGUUUGGAGGAUACACAGAUAUUCCUUGGGAUUCUUCUGGUUCUUAUGGCAACACUCGUCGUGCGUUCAUAUUUUCUCUACGGAAUAAAGAACUGCAUCCAUUCAAGAGCAUGGUCAAAACGGGAAAAAAUGCAAUUUACAAGGAUUCGACGCAUGGUCCAACAUUUGGAUCUGGCAGGGACAUUUACAUUGCGGAUAAUGCUAACAGCAACAAUAAUUCAUUCACGCUGCCUAGCGACUUCGAGACACCAAAAGGAGCAAAUGAGCCAACCACAAUCUUGGCUGGUACACAACACUUCUCACCUGAUGACUGGGAGGUGUUUUAUCUUGGUUAA